AUGUCUUAUGCUAAUCACCAAUAGUAGCUGCUAACUCCUAACAGGAAUGAGGAAAAUCAAUUUAAAAAAUUUAGUGAUAACGACUUAAGGGAGAAUCUCCUUCGUUAGUAUUAGCAACAAUUAGGACAUAUUCCAAAUGAUAUAUCUAGACCAAAAUCUAUAGAGAAUUUGAAGAACUAGUAUAAAGAAAACGAUAAAGCAAGAAAUUACUAGAUGAAUUAAAAUGAAUUUUAAAAAAAUGAAUUACUUUAAAAAUUAGUUGAAGAUUAUAGAUAAUUAAAAGACCAGUCUUUAACGAUGUAAAGAGAUUAUGACAUUAAAAUAAAAGAAUUAGUUGAAAAAAUGUAAUAACAGGAUUUAAUUAUCUAAAAAAUGUCAAAUGAAAACAAAACUUUGCACACUUAUUAUCAAAGAGCAGAAAAUCUUCUAUCGCAGCAAAGAGAUAAGAUAUAAGAGCUAGAAGAACAUCUUAAAUAGGCAUAAUAAGCUUCCAUAAAAGAUAAGCAAUAAAUAUAGAAUCUUAGUUUGAUUAACUCUCCUAAUAAGUUGUUUCAGGAAUCAGAAACAAGAAAUUAUGUGAACUCUCUUUCAGAUGAUGAGCUUAUUGAAUUAAUAAAAUUAAAAAGAAAAAUGGACUUUGAAAAGGUUCUCUAAUAAAAGGAAAAAGCUGAUCAAUAGAACUAAGAAGUACUUCCAUUAAUUAAUUAAAGCCAAAGCAAUCCUAUAUCUGUAAGAUAAUUUGUAAGGCAUUAAAGAUCUUCGUCAACUUUUAAAAAAGGGUUAGACAAUUAUUAAGAUUAAUUACAAUAGCAAUAAUCUGUGAUUGUGAAUUAAUAAAAAGUUAUUGAUAAAUUGCUUAAUCAUUCUCAUUAAAACCAAUAAUUUUUAUAAAAAGAGUUAUAAUAAUCAUCCUAGAUUUAAUCUACUUCUAAGCAACCUUAAAUAGAGUUUGUAAAAGACUUCUCUACUGCUAAAUUAAAUUCCUCUAGACUUAGAAAUAGAUCACCAAUUAAAAGUAAUCGUGAAUAACACAUGGAAUACUUGUAAAAAUCUAUUGAGUCAAAAGAUAAACUAUUACUAGAUAUCCAUAAUAGCAAAAUAAAAAAAGAUAAAGAUGAGGCUUUAAUAGAUUUUUUUAAUAAGUAAUCUUCAUACCUAGUUGAUUCUGUGUAUGAUAAAAAAAAAUGA